CGUUGUUUUUAAAGUGUCUCACUUAGUUUUUAUUUUGGAGAACGUUGGAUUUUUCGGUCAGUUUUUGCAUGGGUUGGCUAGGCCGUGGUUCAGGCAAAAACCAUGGGUUUUUGACUAACCACCCACCGAGUGAUGGGAAGAACUACCCAUCGAUGGGUAAGCGGUCCUCUAGCCCAACCAAGUUCCAGAACCAUGCCAAACAGCGAUGGGAAGUUCUACCCAUCGCUGUUAAAGCCUUGGUCCAACAUCAACACAAGGCAGAACGACCUUACCCAGCGAUGGGGACUUUACCCCAUCGAUGGGAACCCAGCGAUGGGAAGGCUAAACGAUCGAUGGGAAGGCAUGACCGUUGGAAGUCAUUUAAGGUUGAUUCUUUUCUUGUUUGGAAGUCAACCUCCCACCCAGCGAUGGGAAGCUUGUACCCAUCGAUGGGUAGGAAUUGGAGAAGGUCAAUCAACCUCUAGGCCACCGCUUUUUGAUGGCACCAACUACACAUAUUGGAAAGAGCGGAUGAGAAUUUAUAUCCGCUCAACCAACUUCCAGUUGUGGUUGGUCAUCAAAAACGGCGAAGAAACGCCAAUGAAGGUCGGUGAAAAACUCGUCCCCAAGACCGAGGACGAAUUUCAUGCCGAAGACAUCAAAAAGGUGGAGAACUACGCCAAGGCAAUCAACAUGCUGUAUUGCGCGGUCAAAGAAAUGUGGGACAAGCUGGAGGUCACAUAUGAAGGAAUUGGAGAAGGUCAAUCAACCUCUAGGCCACCGCUUUUUGAUGGCACCAACUACACAUAUUGGAAAGAGCGGAUGAGAAUUUAUAUCCGCUCAACCAACUUCCAGUUGUGGUUGGUCAUCAAAAACGGCGAAGAAACGCCAAUGAAGGUCGGUGAAAAACUCGUCCCCAAGACCGAGGACGAAUUUGAUGCCGAAGAGAUCAAAAAGGUGGAGAACUACGCCAAGGCAAUCAACACGCUGUAUUGCACGGUCAACCCCGAUGAUUAUCGCAAGAUCUCUUGCUGCACCACCGCCAAAGAAAUGUGGGACAAGCUGGAGGUCACAUAUGAAGGUACGGACCAAGUUCGGGAAGCCAAAAUUGACUUCCUAACGCAGGAGUACGAAAUGUUUAGGACGAAGGAAGGCGAAAAGAUCGAUGACAUGUUCGAUCGGUUCUCAAAGAUCAUCAACGACCUUCAUGCUCUCAAAAAGACUUACGCCAACAAGGAUCUCGUGAGGAAAAUCCUGCAGAGUCUCACACCCGAAUGGAGAUCAAAAGCUGACGCAAUCUACGAAUCCAUCGAAGUCUCCAACGUCACCAUCGACGGGCUAAGAGAUCAAAGUCAAAGGCAUUCAAGAAGAAAGGCCCUACCGAGGCCUCAACCCUUUCCGUACCUGGAUGGAUCCUUCCUCGAAUUUGGCUCGGAGGAAGAACUUACUCGCUUCCUCAAUCACUUUGCCAAACGCCCGAUCUCUCCGCCUCGCGUGCUACCGGAGCUGUACCCCCAAGACAAAGGGUACCACGACCUCGACAAUCAACUCAAAGAGUCGGGUUUGUGGCCCUUCGUCUCCACAAGCCGCACCUCCUACAAUCCCGCCUAUGUCCGGGCCUUCUACUCAAAUCUGCGUCGUGACGGGGACACCAUCUACAGCAGCAUCAAUCUCUACGACAUAGAGAUUGACUUGCCGACAUUUGCACGUAUCGCAGGGCUGCCCAUCCGCGGUGACGACAUCACGACGUACGGUGGCGACGAUUGGAUCCUCAACAACGAGGCGGUCGUCAUUCGCGAGCUUGGGAUAACCAACUUGAUCCGCCACAGCGGCCCCACCGGACAAGCGCCUCCUUCUCUACCUCAUCACCCGGAUUCUUCGCCCCCGGGACAACAGCCACACCUCGCUCUUCAACGAGGACUUGAAGGCGAUUCACGCCAUCAUGCACGGCGCCUCCAUCAACUGGGCGAAAUUCGUCAUGAUUCACAUGGCGGAUUGUGCCUCCAUCGCCACCGAGCGGAGCUUGCCAUACGCCUUCCUCGUCAUGGACCUCAUCGUCUCCGCCGACAUCCACAUCGCCGGGCCAAGCACGAAGAUGACGAAGUUGUGGGUCAUCGCCGACACCACCUUCAAGAAGAAGUCCGGAGACCAAGACGGCGCCAGACCAAGUCGUGCCUGUGCCCCUGCCCUGCUCCUGCCCGGGCCUCGUUGCAGUCCAUAGCCGACACCCUGAAUCGGCUAACCCUCACGGUGGACGACAUGGGGCAGUACAUGGAGCGGAUGGAUUGGACGCUGCAACGCCAACACCACCACAUGACGGCGUUCUUCCGCAGCAUCAACUACGUCCCGCCGCCCUUUGACAACACCAUCCUCGGCCAAAACUUUGAGGGCGAGGAUGAGGACGACGACUCCUACGCUCCGUCCUCCUCUCCCGAUGAGGCCGACUUUGAGGACGCAGUCGACGGCGAUCCCAUGGACGUCGAGAACGACGAGGAUGACGACGAGGACGAAGACGCCGAUGCCUAGACUCUUCCCUUCUUUCCUUAUUUUUUAAAAUAUGACUGUACUUUUUUGUUAAUUUACAUUCUGUUGUAUUCCGCAUUUCCCUUCCCUUUAAUGAAUAAAAAUUUACUUUCAAUUCUUUUUGUUAAUGUCAAAAGGGGGAAGAUAUAAAGGUUAUGCAUAAAUUGAGGGAGAAUUU